AAUAUCUUCUUGUUUCUCUUCUCACCUUAUCUAUCUAUCAUCAAAGAAUCAAGAUCAAGCAACUUCAAAUCCAAUUGACGUGAGACCUGGCAAAGCUUCUGAACUCUGGUGCUUCUCUUUCUCUAACCUUUUCGAUUCCGACACUCUUACCAUUCUGGCUAUGCACCUCUGUAUCUAUCCCCAAGCAAGGUCAUAUGAGUCUCUCUUUUGGAAGUAGAAGAGGCUUAGUAGUCAGAGUUGUAUCGUCUCUGGACUCAUCUGAAUCAAGUGCCAAGAUUGCUCCUCUUCGGCUGGAAUCCCCAAUUGGGCAGUUUCUUUCUCAAAUUUUGAUAAAUCACCCGUAUCUUGUGCCUGCUGCGGUAGACAGCAGCUUGAGCAGCUCCAAACUGAUUUAAUUUUGUACAGGAGAAUUGCCGAGGUGAAGGCUAAUGAGAGGAGGAAAGCUCUGGAAGAGAUCUUGUACGCUUUGGUGGUGCAGAAGUUCAUGGAUGCUAAUAUUUCUCUGAUACCUUCCAUAACCCCUGAUACAUCUGGUGUAGUUGAUUCGUGGCCUAACACAGAUGGGAAACUUGAGCAGCUUCACUCACCUGAAGCAUAUGAGAUGAUCCAAAACCACUUGUCUCUCAUUCUGGGCAACAGAGUAUUAAGGAAAACAGUAUCACCAUGGAGUCAAAGGCACAACUUAUUACUUUUCUGCAAAUUUUACUUCAAGUUGGCCCGUGAGCAAGUUGAAAAGGCAAUUGACAAUGGAUCACGUCCUGAAGCAUUACCAAAUUCUCAUACUCAACCCUCUACAACUCCUGUUAUUGAAGCAACACCUAGCGCAGAUAAUUCAUCUUUAAUUGGUCAAGGAGAACCAUCAAGUUCUGUUUCACUUGCUCUUGUCAUUGAAGCAACUUCUGGAUCACCUGCCUCUCCUUCUGCAAUCCCUAUAAAUGGAACAAAAGUGGAUGAAGUUGAGGCACCUGUAAAUGUUGUCACACCAUCAGAUGCUAGUGUAGGAAGUGAUAGAGCUUUUGUUACUGAUGUUAAUACUGCUAGAACACCAAUGUAAUUAUUUGAUGCCUUUUUUGGGCUAAACAAAUACAUGAAGCUAAUUGUUACGUGAUAUGUAUGAUGAUGUUUGUAAUUGUAUUACACUAUUACUCAUUAUGGUCAUAAUA